AUGGCUACUGGGCAAGCACCAAGCAACCCCGUUCCUGCUAUGAGAACAUACCCGCCAGUGGAGCGUCCAGUGGUGGUAAUAGGGCCACAGUACCUGGCACAGUACCCUGUUGAACUCGCCAUCUCCACAAAGCUAUGGAGUCUUGGAGAAAAUGAUUUUAAGGUGUCUGACAUUAAUGGCACCCUCAUCUUCCAAGUCAAGAGUAAACUCUUAAGCUUGCAUGAUCGUCGUUUUCUGAAAGAUGAAGCUGGUAACAUCCUUGUCAAUCUCAGGCAGAAGAUAAUGACCAUGCAUCGAAGGUGGGAAGCUUUUAGAGGAGAAAGCAAGGAGGAGAAAGACUUGCUUUUCACAGCCAAGAAAGCAAAGCUGUUCCAAUUCAAGACUGAGUUAGACGUAUUCUUGGGUAAUAACAAAGGAGAGGUCCCUGAUUUCAAGGUGAAAGGAGGCUACAGCGAGAGUUCCUGCUCUGUACUUCUUGGAGAUUCCAAUACCAUGCUUGCACAAAUGCAUAGAAAACAUUCUCUCGCAAGUACUAUUUUGGAUACAGACAGUUUUGGGGUGACUGUGUAUCCUAAUGUUGAUUAUGCCUUUAUAACAGCUCUUGUGGUGAUUCUCGAUGAGAUCAAUGCAGAUCGCAGUGGCGAAGAUUAAAUACAGCUUUUAUUUUAUUACGAGAGAAAUGUCCAAAUAAAUACAAUAUAUGUAUGUCUUAUGGCUUUUUUCUAAUGUAAAAUGUAUGUUGUGGAUGAAAUAAAGUGUAAAAUAUAUUGUGUUUGUUAA